AUGCGGAUUGGCCACAGAGAGAGGAACGGGAAAUUCGGGAAUCGGCACCGCGACGCCCGCGGCGCCUGGAGGAGGGAGUGGGACGCCCAGAAACCCGACGGGAUUUUCCACGACGAUCGCUGGGAGCCGCAGCCGGAGCCGCCCCCGGACCCUGAGACCCCCCAGCUCCCGGGGAAGGUUCCGGAAGCUCCCGGCUCCGCGGGGGACUCGGACCAGUGGGAGGAUCUGAGCGACGACGAGGACGGCGAGGAGGGGCCCGGCCCGGCCCAGUUCAAACCAGUAACAACCAGUUCGGACCGGUCCGGACCAGUAAUGCCCAGUUCAAGCCAGUCCGAACCAGUAACAACCAGUUCGGACCAGUCCGGACCAGUAACAACCAGUUCGGACCAGUCCGGACCAGUAACAACCAGUUCAAACCAGUCCGGACCAGUAACGCCCAGUGAAACCCAAGGUGUGUCCCAGUUCAAACCAGUAACGCCCAGUUCAAACCAGUCUGGACCAGUAACAACCAGUUCAAACCGGUCCAAACCAGUAACAACCAGUUCAAACCAGUCUGGACCAGUAACGCCCAGUGAGCCCCAAGGUGUGUCCCAGUUCAAACCAGUUAAAACCAGUAACGCCCAGUUCAAACCGUUCCAGACCUGUCUCUCCCAGUCCAAACCAGUAACUCCCAGUCUCCCCCAGUCCAAACCAGUCUCUCCCAGUCCAAACCAGUAACUCCCAGUCUCCCCCAGUCCAAACC